AUGGCGCAGAGAGAUCAGCUGGACCGAGAAACACUCAGCUGUUCGAUCUGUCUGGAUCUACUGAAGGAUCCGGUGACUACUUCCUGUGGACACAGCUACUGUAUGAGCUGUAUUAAAGGAUUCUGGGAUGGAGAGGAUCAGAGGAAGAUCUACAGCUGCCCUCAGUGCAGAGAGGCCUUCACACCGAGGCCUGUCCUGAAGAAAAACACCAUGUUAGCAGCUUUAGUGGAGCAGCUGAAGAAGACUGGACUCCAAGCUGCUCCUGCUGAUCACUGCUAUGCUGGACCUGAAGAUGUGGCCUGUGAUGUCUGCACUGGGAGGAAGCUGAAAGCCUUCAAGUCCUGCCUGGUGUGUCUGGCCUCUUACUGUGAGAAUCACCUCCAACCUCAUUAUGACGCAACUCCAUUAAAGAAACACAAGCUGGUGCAGCCCUCCAAGAAGCUCCAGGAGAACAUCUGCUCUCGUCAUGAUGAGGUGAUGAAGAUAUUCUGCCGUACAGAUAAGAAGUGUAUCUGUUAUCUGUGCACUAUGGAGGAUCAUAAAGGCCACGACACAGUCUCAGCUGCAGCAGAAAGGACGGAGAGGCAGAGAGAGCUCGAGGUGAGUCGACUAAACAUCCAGCAGAGAAUCCAGGACAGAGAGAAAGAUGUGAAGCUGCUUCAACAGGAGGUGGAGGCCGUCAGUCGCUCUGCUGAUAAAGCAGUGGAGGACAGUGAGAAGAUCUUCACUCAGCUGAUCCGUCUCCUCCAGAAAAGAAGCUCUGAUGUGAAGCAGCAGAUCAGAUCCCAGCAGGAAACUGAAGUGAGUGGAGUCAAAGAGCUUCAGGAGAAGCUGCAGCAGGAGAUCACUGAGCUGAAGAGGAAAGACGCUGAACUGAAGCAGCUCUCACACACAGAGGAUCACAACCAGUUUCUACACAACUACCCCUCAGUGUCACAACUCAGUGAACCUACAGACUCAUCCAGCAUCAAUAUCCGUCCUCUGAGAUACUUUGAGGAUGUGACAGCAGCUGUGUCAGAGCUCAGAGAUAAACUACAGGACAUCCUGAGGGACGAAUGGACAAACAUCUCAGCGGCAGUGACUGGAGUGGACGUUUUACUGUCAGAACCAGAACCCAAGACCAGAGCUGGGUUCUUAAGAUAUUCACGUGAAAUCACUCUGGAUCCAAACACAGUAAACACAAAGCUGUUAUUAUCUGAGGGGAACAGAAAAGUAGAAUAUACAGAACAAGAACAGUCUUAUUCUAGUCACACAGACAGAUUCACUCUUUGUCCUCAGGUCCUGAGUAGAGAGAGUCUGACUGGACGUUGUUACUGGGAGGUGGAGAGGAGAGGAGGAGCAGUUUAUAUAGCAGUCGCAUACAAGAAUAUCAGCAGAGCAGGAACUGAAUCUGCAUUUGGAUUUAAUGACAAAUCUUGGUCUUUAUAUUGUUCCACUGACAGUUAUGAAUUUUACUUCAACAACAUUGAAACUCCCGUCUCAGGUCCUGAUUCCUCCAGAGUCGGAGUGUACCUGGAUCACAGAGCAGGUAUUCUGUCCUUCUACAGCGUCUCUGAAACCAUGACUCUCCUCCACAGAGUCCAGACCACAUUCACUCAGCCUCUCUAUGCUGGAUUUUAUGUUUUUUCCACAGCUGAGUUGUGUAUGUUUGUAUUGAUGUAUUUGUGUCUAGCUGAAAUGGCGCAGAGAGAUCAGCUGGACCGAGAAUCCUUCUCUUGUGUGAUCUGUCUGGAUCUACUGAAGGAUCCGGUGGCUAUUCCCUGUGGACACAGCUACUGUAUGAGCUGUAUUAAAGGAUUCUGGGAUGGAGAGGAUCAGAGGAAGAUCUACAGCUGCCCUCAGUGCAGAGAGGCCUUCACACCGAGGCCUGUCCUGAAGAAAAACACCAUGUUAGCAGCUUUAGUGGAGCAGCUGAAGAAGACUGGACUCCAAGCUGCUCCUGCUGAUCACUGCUAUGCUGGACCUGAAGAUGUGGCCUGUGAUGUCUGCACUGGGAGGAAGCUGAAAGCCUUCAAGUCCUGUCUGGUGUGUCUGGCCUCUUACUGUGAGAAUCACCUCCAGCCUCAUUUUGAUGCAACUCCAUUAAAGAAACACAAGCUGGUGGAGCCCUCCAAGAAGCUCCAGGAGAACAUCUGCUCUUGUCAUGGUAAGAUGAUGGAGAUUUUCUGUCGUACUGAUCAGCAGAUUAUCUGUUAUCUCUGCUCUGUGGAUGAUCAUAAAGGCCACGACACAGUCUCAGCUGCAGCAGAAAGGACGGAGAGGCAGAGAGAGCUCGAGGUGAGUCGACUAAACAUCCAGCAGAGAAUCCAUGACAGAGAGAAAGAUGUGAAGCUGCUUCAACAGGAGGUGGGGGCCGUCAGUCGCUCUGCUGAUAAAGCAGUGGAGGACAGUGAGAAGAUCUUCACUCAGCUGAUCCGUCUCCUCCAGAAAAGAAGCUCUGAUGUGAAGCAGCAGAUCAGAUCCCAGCAGGAAACUGAAGUGAGUGGAGUCAAAGAGCUUCAGGAGAAGCUGCAGCAGGAGAUCACUGAGCUGAAGAGGAAAGACGCUGAACUGAAGCAGCUCUCACACACAGAGGAUCACAACCAGUUUCUACACAACUACCCCUCAGUGUCACAACUCAGUGAACCUACAGACUCAUCCAGCAUCAAUAUCCGUCCUCUGAGAUACUUUGAGGAUGUGACAGCAGCUGUGUCAGAGCUCAGAGAUAAACUACAGGACAUCCUGAGGGACGAAUGGACAAACAUCUCACUGGCAGUGACUGAAGUGGUUUUACUGUCAGAACCAGAACCCAAGACCAGAGCUGAGUUUUUAAAAUAUUCACGUGAAAUCACUCUGGAUCCAAACACAGUAAACACAAAGCUGUUAUUAUCUGAGGGGAACAGAAAAGUAGAAUGGACAGGACAACAACAGUCUUAUUCUAGUCACACAGACAGAUUCAGUAAAUAUCCUCAGGUCCUGAGUAGAGAGAGUCUGACUGGACGUUGUUACUGGGAGGUGGAGUGGAGAGGGUUAGCAGUUGAUGUAGCAGUCGCAUACAAGAAUAUCAGCAGAGCAGGAAGUGAAUCUCAAUUUAGAUGUAAUGACAAAUCUUGGUGUUUAACUUGUGUCACUAACAGGUAUGUAUUUUGGUUCAACAACAUUAAAACUCCCGUCUCAGGUCCUCGUUCCUCCAGAGUCGGAGUGUACCUGGAUCACAGAGCAGGUAUUCUGUCCUUCUACAGCGUCUCUGAAACCAUGACUCUCCUCCACAGAGUCCAGACCACAUUCACUCAGCCUCUCUAUGCUGGUCUUUGGGUUCAGGAUAGAUCCACAGCUGAGUUGUGUAAAGUGAAAUAG